AUGGCAACAACCGCCUCUCGCGCCCUGGAAUCACCAGACCCAGAAGAAGAAGAACUCGAUACCGAGAUCACCUCAAUCCGCGCAGAAACUCCUCCGCAAACAACCCAAACCUCAAUCCACCACAACAAACCCAACAGACCACCUCACGACAAUCUCCCCCUGGUUCAUGCCGCUGGCGCCCAUAGCUCCUCAAACCACCACCGCAUCGCCUUCGGCGCAACAGCCUUCCCAUUUAAAGACCCAUCCCCAACAGCCCCCACCACACCCCUCCUCGGUGUCCGCGUCGACAUAUGCGCGCGCAACGGCCGCUUCGCAAAACCACACUACGUCCUCCUCCAAUCGGAGUGGAGCCGCGCUCCUGGCGCCAAUUCAAGUUCUACGAAACUUUUAAAGGUGUACCGACACACAGUGCCGGCAUUUAUAUCAAUUGCGAAGCUGGAGAGUGUUUAUCUCCCGCGACCUGGCGCAAAGCGUGACAAUGAAAAUGAGGAUAGGGACGGGCAUUCAUCUGCUGAGGAUGAGGCUGAGCCGGCGAAGCCGUGGAAGAGUGGUAGCCGUGCGCGGAAACAAGAUCUGCGGGGGUUUGUGCGCGAGCUUCGUAGGGAGCUUGUUGCGUGGUAUAUGCGGGUUGAUGCGGUUGAAUUCCUGCGGGAGAAAUUGGGGUUUGUCAGUGAGGGUGGGGGGACGCGGUAUGUGCGCGUUGAGUGGGUUGAUGGGCGGGUUGGGCGGUUCAAGUUGUCUGAUGUUGGGGUUGUGGAGCGGGCUGUUGUUAUUGGUGAUGAGGGCCGGGAUAAGAAGAUUGAGGAUGCGAUGACUGGUGGUGGUGGGAGGGUUGAGACGGUCUUGGAUAGGUUGAGGGUGGAUGCGUUGUCUACAUCACAGCAGCCCUGA